AUGGGCUCUGAGACUGGGGUUGUCGCAGCCCACACGCUUGAUGAUGUCAUGAAGCGACGAAGGGAGGUCUGCGCAGAGUUCGAGUCCCAGCCUGUUGCCACAACAGCAGAUGCAACGUGUGCAAUCAAGAACGGAUACAGCUGGAAUCCCAACUCCUCUGCCUCUGACUCAACUCAGAGGAGGCAGCCAACCUCCGACAUGCAACUGCAAUCGCUGCUUUCCGAAAGGCGUGGGAGAUGCCAUGUUCUAGAAAGCAGCCCAGCCCCGGUAAUUGCAGACGCUCUGUGGAAUCGGGCGCCAGCGCCCGUACAGGAGGACCAACAUUGCGGGACAACUGCCACGGAGCAUGCAAUGGGUCUGCGAUCAGAAGAACGUCAGCAAGACCUCGAUGACCGCUCAACUCCACCGCCAUCCAUGCUUUCUCGAGAUUGUGGCAUGGAUGGCAUGGAAGGGCCUUUAGAACUCAAGUGGUCCAGCUGGUUUGAUACACUACAGGUGGCCGGAUCUCCGCAAGGCCCUGAUCAAUCUGAGAAGGCAUCAGCUGCCACGGCGCGCUUGCUGCAGCUCAUGUCCUGGCACGAUGACACCACGGCCACAGGCCUACACAGGAGCCUUGCCGAAGCAUUCGUGAGCAAGCAUCUUUCCUUCCUCGGUUUCGAACAAGACCAUUUGGACGCAGUCAUUGUCAUCCUUCUGCGCUACCACAGCCCAGCAAUGCUGCCCAGACUUGUCGGACCAGUUCCUUCGACAGAGACGGGUGAGACUACUAGGGGCUUGCUUGAUCAAGUGGCUUCCAGCCCGGUGCUCGAUUUACUUCUGGGCAGGGCGUGCAGGUCCGGAUUAGAAAGCAAAGACACCUCUGCUGCAGUGGCGCUGCUGCAGAUCUGCGAUGAAACGGUGCGAAGUGGAAGUGAGAUAAUUCUUGUGUUUGUCAUCGUCGCAGUAUUGGCUAGUCCUGACUUGUCUCUAUCGGACAGCAAGUCUGCGCUUCUUCUGUGGAGUUCGGCAGAAAGCUUCUUGGCUUCGACUCCUCGCUCGAUGCUUGGAAGCUUGACGGCUGGGGCGCGUGACCAGGCCCUCCGUCUGCCCGUUGGUUCCGUUGCGGCCGAUGAGAUUCUCCAUCAUGUCUAUGAGCGUCCAGACGGCCAGUGGCGACUUGUUGUUGUAGACAUCCGAGACUCAAGUUUGUCCAGUCUCCCAGUCUGUUUGCGAUUGCCGGCAGCCUCGAAUUUCGAAGAGUUUGCAGCGAACCUCCCAUCCGAGCAUGCCCUUCACUUCUGCAUCAUUGCGGAUGAUCCGUUGGAGGCCUUGAAGCUUUGCCUCCACAUUUCAGGACCCGGUGGGGCCUGUCGACCCCACAUAUCGCUGGCUGAAGGUGGCUGGCGGGCAGUGGAAGAGCUGGCGCUAGCCCUAGGCCUCGAGCUUUUGCCAGGAGGCAGGGAAUGCCCUGAGAUAGACGAGGCUGGCAACGGUCACGGAAUUGCCGGUACAGUAGUUGAAGUUGCCGAACAUGUGGCAUCGCUAACAUCUGUGGCAGCAUCAGUAGCUUUUAGAGGUGCUUUCUGGGCCACAGGUGUCCAUGCAACAAAGCAUGGGGCUGAGAUUUAUGCCGAUGAAUUAAUGGAAGUGUGA